CUAAAAAAUGUACAAAAGUAACUUAAAAAUUACCCAAAGUUAAAGGCAUACUAAACAAAUAUAUAAUCACCAUCUCUUUUCACCACUUUCCCCACCCUAUGAUACUCCUUCCGAUCGCCUCCCACACCAUCCUCCCUUUGUCCGGCAGCUCCACCUUCCUUAUGGUAACCCUUUCCUUCUCGCGGGUCCUAUGUUUCUUGUUCUUGAUGGACUAAUAGUUUUCUCUCCCAUCUAGCCCUGUAACCUAUUCAAAUUGUAAAACCAAAACAUGCAAUGCCAAUCCGCUGAAAAUGUUGAGGUCUGCAAAAUUUGGUUUGCUAUACUGUGGAAGCUUUUGAAGUAAUUAAAAAUUUGAAAUGAAAUGUUUUUAAAAAAUUUUGAAAUCAAAUGCAUUUGAAUGGAAUAAAUAGAUUUUGUGAAUUUAAAUAAAUUAGAAAUUUACAAAAAAGAAUAUAUGGUGAAUUUGGAGGUCUAUGAAACCUUCAUACUAAAAACUCUUCUCAAAUUUACAUAGAAAUAGAUUCUCAUUUUCUUUGUUAUACACAAAAAGUAUUGAAAUGUUAACGUUUCACAAUCACGAAUCACCUCACUCCGUUUUCUUUUCCUCUCUAAUCAAAUUGAUUGAUUGGUGCCGCCCUAUUUUUUUUUUCCUUUUUCUUUGUCUAUUUGACCAUCAUAAAAUUAUAAUACUUGCAUUGGCUACCUAAACUCAAAAUAUGCAUAUAUAGACAUCUGCAUACUCCAACUAUUCCAUUGAGGAUCCAAAGAAAACACCCUCCUCUUCCCUUUCUCCCCUCCCCAUCCACCCCCACUCCAAAACACAAAAAAUAAAAAAUAAAAAAAAAUCCACCACCACCUUCCUCCUUGUUCCUCCCGCACACUUGAAGUCUCUAUUUGAACAAAAACCAAAAGAAAAUUUUUUUUUAAAAACAAACCUUUUCCUGUAACAUCUCUAGGCCUCUCUCUACAAUGAAGGUGAGAUCAUGGCUAAGGUCAACAUGCUCCUCCUCAACCUGCAUCUCCACCGCCAAAGACGCCAUCGUCCCUCCACCAACGCCAAACCAACUUGUCAUUUCUGAUUCAAGCAGCUGCUCAGUCGACGCUCAAGCAAGUAGUAGUGCAUCAUCCUUAACUUCUCAAGAUUCCACCUAUACUACUCGUAGUCAUACCAGCCUCGAAAGCAACCUCUCCAUCUUAACUCUCCCAUCCGUCCCCUCUCUCCAAAAACUCUCCCCCGAAGCCUUAAACCUCUCCAUCACAACCCUUUGCAUCACCUCCCUUAAACCCCAACAACCCGCCCACGUCAACUUCCUCGCACUAAACAAUAAUCUCCUCUACGCCGUCUCAGGCAGCCAAGUCAACGUUUUCAACACCACUAACUUCACGCUUUUCGAUUCCUUCCACGUCAAUAAUGAUUCCUCCUCAUCCGGCUCCAUCAAAUCCUUAGCCUUUUGUGACGGAAAGAUUUUCACGGCUCACCAAGAUUGCAGAAUCCGAGUUUGGAAAUUAACGUCAUCCUCGGUUGGACAACAUAAGCUCAUCGCCACGCUUCCCACGGUCGAGGAUCGGUUGAGAAACUUCAUAUUACCCAAAAACUACGUCAAAGUUCGACGUCACAGGAAGAAACUAUGGGUCGAACAUUAUGAUGCAGUAUCAAGUCUAGCCGCGGCAGAAAAUUUGUUACACUCGGUCUCGUGGGAUAAAUAUCUAAAGAUUUGGCGGGCUAAGGAUUUUCGAUGCACAGAAUCAAUCAAAGCCCAUGAUGAUGCGAUUAACGCGGUAGCAGCAUCACCAGGCGGUCUCAUUUACACGGGCUCGGCUGAUAAGCGGAUUAGAGUCUGGGGAAGAGCAUUUGGUGAGAAGAAACAUGUUUUAAUGGCUACUCUUGAGAAGCAUAAGUCAGCUGUUAAUGCAUUGGCAUUGAACUUUGAUGGCUCGGUUUUGUUUUCCGGAGCCUGUGACCGGUCGAUAUUGGUGUGGGAGAGGGAGGAGAGUGCUAAUCAUAUGGUGGUGACGGGAGCAUUGAGGGGCCAUUCGAAGGCUAUAUUGUGUUUGAUUAACGUGUGCGAUUUGUUGUUGAGCGGGUCGGCUGAUAGGACGGUGAGGAUUUGGCAUCGGGGCCAUGAUGGACGGUACUGUUGCUUGACGGUCUUGGACGGACAUGCUAAGCCGGUGAGGUCGUUGGUGGGGGUGGCGGAGGAGGAUUCUGGUGGUGCCGUUAAGGUGUUUAGUGGAAGUUUUGAUGGUGAGAUUAAGGUUUGGAAGGUUAUGAUUUCCUCAAGUAGUGUUAAGACUCCCAUCCCAUGUCCUCCUUCCAAUGUGGAUGAAGAUUGAAACACUGAAAUUCACGAUAUAGUAGUUAGC